GAUCCCCCACGACCAGCCGGUGGAGCGUCUGAGCUCCGCGGUGACUGGAACCCGAGGAGCAAUGCGGAGCAGCGAGCGCGGCACGUUGAGAGUUAAAGCGAACGUUGCCGUUAGUUAGAACUGACAGCCGCGCGAGUUGGCCCGGACGCAACGAGAGACAUAUUAGACAUAUUAUAUCUAGAUUUAAUCAUGGUUUCCAUAGAACACGUAGCUCACAAAAUACUGGCUUACGUCCCAUACGUUCUCGUUUUGAUUGACAUGAGAUAUGAAGGGGUGAACUGUGGCAGAGAUGGGAGCGUGGACAACCACAUGGAGAUGGGGAAGAAGCUGCUCGCUGCAGGACAGCUGGCGGACGCCCUGUCGCAUUUCCACGCUGCUGUAGACGGGGAUCCCAAGAACUACAUGGCCUACUACAGGAGAGCUACAGUGUUUCUAGCAAUGGGGAAAUCCAAGUCUGCACUGCCAGAUCUAAGCAAAGUCAUUGAACUUAAACCCGACUUCACUUUUGCACGACUUCAAAGAGGAAACCUCCUUCUGAAGCAGGGGAAACUCGAUGAAGCAGAGGAUGACUUCAAGAAGGUGUUGAAGUCCAACCCCAGUGACAAAGAAGAACAGGAAGCCCAGAGUCAGCUGAGCAAGUCAGAUGAACUUCAGAGGCUGGUGACUGAGGCGCGUAGCAGCUUCAGCAACAAGGAUUAUUGGAGAGCUGCUGCCCAGCUUGAUACCAUCAUUGAGACCUGCAUUUGGGAUGUGACUUCCCGUGAGAUGCGAGCUGAAUGUUUUAUUCAGAUGGGGGAGACCGGGAAAGCCAUCAGCGACCUUAAGGCUGCAUCAAAGUUAAAGAAUGACAAUACCCAGGCUUUCUACAAGCUCAGCACCAUCUAUUAUAACCUUGGAGACCACGAGAUGUCCCUCAACGAAGUGCGAGAGUGCUUAAAGCUGGAUCCAGAUCACAAACAGUGUUACAGCCACUACAAGCAGGUCAAGAAGCUCAACAAACAGAUCCAGUCUGCAGAGGAGCUCAUUCAAGAGCAAAGGUAUGAGGAGGCAGUGAGCAAAUAUGAGGCCGUCAUGAAGACUGAGCCCAACGUGUUCCAUUUCUCUCUUCUUGCCAAAGAGCGCAUCUGCCAUGCCCUGGGACAGAGUCAGCAGGGAAGCAGAGCCAUUUCAGUGUGUAGCGAAGUGCUGCAGUCAAACCCAGAGAAUGUUAAUGUGCUGAAGGACAGAGCCGAGGCUUACAUGCAAGAAGAACAAUAUGAGGAAGCUAUUAAGGACUAUGAGACUGCUGCCAAACACAGUGAGAAUGACCGGCAGAUAAAAGAAGGCUUGGAGAAAGCUCAGCGACUUCUCAAGCAGUCUCUGAAAAAAGAUUACUAUAAGAUCCUGGGGGUGAAGAGAACCGCUCAAAAAAAGGAGAUUAUCAAAGCCUACAGGAAAUUGGCACAACAGUGGCACCCGGACAACUUUCAGGAUCCGGAGGAGAAGAAGGCGGCAGAGAAGAAGUUUAUAGACAUAGCUCAGGCAAAAGAGGUUCUCACUAACCCAGAGAUGAGGACCAAGUUUGACCAUGGGGAGGACCCCAUGGAUCCCGAGAGCCAGCACGGCCAGAGCAGUCACUUCCAUGGAGGCUUCCAUGGCUUCCAGGGUUUUAACCCUUUCGGUUCUGGACCCUUUAACUUUAAAUUCAACUUCAACUGAGGAGGCUCAUAGCCAACACAGCCGGAGCGGCGUUUUGUGUUUUGUCCCUCCCAUCACCUUGGUAUUGGGGAGUUCACUGGCAUAUAGAAUGCAGUGCUGACAAUAACUCAAACUGAAAUGUGGAGCAAAUUGUGACUUUAAUUCAGUGACUUAAAUUAAAGACUCAUCUUUGUUGUUGAAUA